GUUUAGAAAUUCGCGUAACUCGCGCAUGCGGAGGUAAGUUGCCGGCAUGGACGACGAUGAGUUAGCUCGAAAUCAUCAGGAAGUCAGUACUUUCACCACGAUCAUGGCACCGCUGGUUCAGUCCGCCUUGGCGAGGGUCGCGGCGGCGACACCCACCAAACCACUUCGGCCGUUUUCAGCCAACACAAUGCUCGUGCCCAAGCACCGGUCCCCUCCAUCCAUAAUAGGACCAACUCUUGUUCCAAUGUCUCCUUCUGUCGGGCACACUCCCAUAAGACCACGCCAUGCUGCAUCCUCACCCAACGCUAAUGGUAAAGGAGCAGCCAGCGACGACCAGGUUCGAGGUGCCGAGGCGGCGGCGGCGACGACGACGGCGAUGAUGCCAUUGACGAAACCGAGGCCAAACACAGCGGCCAAGAUGAAAUCACAGCCCAAAUCCAACCAAGUGGAUGUAGAUCGAUGCGACGCCACUUGUGCAGGUGGAUUGCCGCCUGUGUUGGCCACCAAGAAAGCGGCUGCAAUGCAUCCACCAUCACGACCACCGACGGCAGCACGACAGCUCCAUUCGCCCUGCAAUCCUGGCAAGUUUACUCGUCUGACCACCUCCACAGCCUCGACGACAACGUCCAACGCAUUACAACGCGCCAAACUGUUGGCCAAUAAACUUCGUCCUAAAUCCGCCAUUGUUCAGCCUUCGUCCAUGGCAACAGUCCACGCCAAGAAGAAACGACCCCGACCUCCGUCAGCGUGGUUGAUGAUCCAGAGUCAAGCCGCCACAGAAUCGUUGGGGCCCCUCAGCCCCACGGGGGAAGUGGAUAAAGUGAGCAUCGAUCUGACCAAACAAGAAGUUAUCCGGCAGCGCGACGUCACAGCGUCCGCCUACAAAGUCUUCAACGACAUCAAGCACACACGGGACUCCAAGAUGGUCGAGCUGAGUCACUUGCACCGCCAAGUGGCGCUCCUGUCCAAGGAAAUGACCGCCACGAGCUCUGAAACAUCCGCCGCCACCACUCUGUCCAGCCAAACCCGGCUGUUGCAACUCCAAAUCGCCCACGACAAGGACCAAAGCAACAAGUGCCGCCAGUACAAGCGCGUGCUGGAGCACAUGCUGGAGCGUACCAAGCUCGACGCCGCCGCCAUCGUCGCCCGUACCAAAGUCACCCGUCACCAUACUCUCGUGGUGGAAAAGGAGUGGCGCGCGCUCGACAGUCGCAAGUACACGUUGGAGAACGCUGCAGCGCACACCCUAAAACGACUCGACCAGCUACGGCUGGACCAAAGCGCAAAGCGGGACGACCAAGCCGCAACCCUCAAGUGUCUCCGGUCCGAGGCCGAGCAGAGCCAGGAGUUGCACCGGCGGCGCGUCGAAGCGGACCGGAAGCGGCGGAAUCUGGUCAUGACGUUCCGGUCCCCCCAUGGGGGUAACGCGCGGCCGUCGCUGAGUCGCAUGGACACACAUCUGCUACUCCUGAGGGAGUCGGCGCUCACGAGUCGAGAGGCCGAGUUCGACUGGCUCGUGGACAAGACCGGCGAGACAGACGUGACGCUGCUGCUCGACCGAUUCGUCCAACACGACCACGACAUGGAGGUCCUGCGGCAGCUAGACGCCGACGGCGUGGCGGCCCACAUGCGGCUGGAUAAGGAACAUGCGCGGCUCCAGGCCGAGGUGUACGAACUGCGCACGUGCGGAUCGGAUCAAGUCAUGGACGCGCAGCGCAAGGUCAAAGGGAUGCUUGAGGACGAACUAUGGGUCGCUCAAGCGAACGAGGAGAGUGCCCGGGAAGAAAUGCACUACCACCAAGCGAUUGUCACGGCGAUGCACCAAGGGCUGCACAGCAUCUUGCAAUGGCUGCAAUGUGUCGACCCGAUGGGCUGCAGCGAGUUCAAAUCGCAACCGCUCGAAACGUUGCCGUUGUUGUGUAUCCAAUUGGUGCAGACGCAUUUGGCCGGCUUGGAGAUGUACUCGACCCAGGCGUUGCAAGAGUUGCUGGAGAAGUUGCCCGUGAGUUUGUGGCCCAUGUCACAGCCUCAUGACAGCGUCACCGACGACGGUGUCGAUACGGACGAGAGUUCGCACCAGUCCAACAACUACGAAAAUGCCGCUCGACAAUCCCACGUCGCCCGAAUCCUCGAGCCCGAGACCUUUAGCAAGCAAGACACAUUUCAAAACGACUCAACCAAAUGAAAACGAAUUACACGCAUGCAUUACGUAGUCUUACAGUGUUCGCUACUACUAUACAUGUACUAGUAUAGUAUUAAGCAUUCGCUAACAGGAGUAAAAAAGUUACUACAAUCAUACAGUG